GCGCCUUGCCAGGCAAGGACGGAUCAAAGGCUGGGAUUUGGUGGCCAGCGGCCCCCGGGGUGACCCCUGUGCUUCCCGCUGGAGAUGCAGAGCACCCCCAACUACCUCUGGAGCACCGAGGACCUCCUGGGCCAGGGAGCCACAGCCUGCGUCUACAAAGCUCGCAACAAGAAAUCAGGGGAGCUGGUUGCUGUGAAGGUGUUUAACAAUGCCAGCUACCUCCGGCCCCAGGAGGUCCAGAUGAGAGAGUUCGAGAUGCUGCGGAAGCUGAACCACAAAAAUAUUGUCAAAUUAUUUGCCGUGGAGGAGACAGGCAGCAGCAAGCAGAAGGUGCUGGUGAUGGAGUACUGCUCCAGUGGCAGUUUGCUGAACGUGCUGGAAGAUCCAGCAAACGCCUUCGGCUUGGCCGAGUCCGAGUUCCUCAUCGUGCUGCAGUGUGUGGUGGCAGGGAUGAACCACCCCCGUGAGAACGGCGUUGUCCACAGAGACAUCAAACCCGGGAACAUCAUGCGGCUGAUGGGGGAGGACGGGCAGAGCGUCUACAAACUGACCGACUUUGGGGCCGCCCGAGAGCUGGAGGACGAUGAAAAGUUUGUGUCUGUCUAUGGGACGGAGGAAUAUCUCCACCCCGACAUGUACGAGCGGGCCGUCCUGCGCAAGCCGCAGCAGAAGGCGUACGGGGUCACCGUCGACCUCUGGAGCAUCGGGGUCACCUUCUACCACGCUGCCACCGGCAGCCUCCCCUUCGUCCCCUUCGGGGGGCCCCGCAGGAACAAGGAGAUCAUGUACAAAAUCACCACUGAGAAGCCUCCUGGAGCCAUUGCAGGGAUCCAGAGGCAGGAGAACGGGAACAUCGAGUGGAGUUACGAGCUGCCCAUCACCUGCCGCCUCUCCGUGGGGCUGAAGGACCAGCUGAUCCCCAUUUUGGCUAACAUCCUGGAGGCUGAUCAGGAGAAAUGCUGGGGAUUCGACCAGUUUUUUGCAGGAACCAAUGACAUUUUGCACAGGAUCGUGGUGGACGUGUUCUCCCUGCAGCAGGCUUCCUCCCACCGCAUCUACGUCCACUCCUACAACACUACCACCAAGUUUUUAGACGCUGUCUUCAAACAAACGAACAUAGUCCCUCACCAUCAAGAAUACUUUUUUGAAGGACACCUGUACGAGCUGGAUCCUAAUCUCCAAGCUCACAAUUUCUGCAAAACCACAGAGAGCAGCCCCCUGACCUUGCUGAGCACAGCUGAGCACCCCGAGGACGUGGUGGGGGUCCGGUACAGAGACCCGGCACUUGAGUUCCCGAAGUUUGUCCCCAAGGUGGACGUGGUGGCCGACUGCAGCGCAGCCAAGAGCGCGGUGGGCGCCGCACACCAGACCCUGCGCAUCGGGCAGGCCCUGCGGCGCGGCCGGGAGCUGCUGGCCAGAGGCCUCCACUGGGUGAUAGGGGACCUGAAAACAGAGUGCUCGAGGAUUUUGGAGCAGAGGAGGGGGGCUCUCUCAGUGCUCAGCUGCCUGCAGCUCACCGAGGUGAAGACCCGUGUGCUGUACGAGGCUGUUCCUGCAGGCAGUGGGGUGCCAGCUGUGAUGGACAUGGCCAUGGUGAAGACAAGGCUGCAGAGGGUCGCAGAGGAGCUCUCUCAGUGCUCCCACAACAUCUUUGACUUCCAAGGGGCGCUGGAUGGGAUUUUGUCCGAGCUGGUGAAGGACAGGCAGCAAGUGCACGAAGACAAAAGCAUCCAGCAGAUCGAGUGCUGCCUGGAGAAGAUGCAGCUGAUCUACAAGCAGUUCAAGAAGGCCAGGACGUGUCUGAGGCUGGGCUACAAUGAGGAACAAAUACACAAGCUGGAUAAGAUGAAUUUAGGGAACUUGGCCAGGAAGGUUCUGUCGAUUUUCCAGAAUGAUUGUGUCCAGCAGUACCAGGACACCCUGGCCCUCCACAGCAGCAGGAUGAGGAAAGUUUGUGAGAUAAAGAAGCACCUGAAGAGGCUCAGCAACCGCAUCAGCACCUGCAGUGUGGAGAUGAUGGAGUGCCAGGACUGCCUGCAGGGCGCUCUGGACAGGUUUCUCCAGAUGGAGAAAUGGAGUUUGGCCCCAGUUCCUCCCGUGCCUUCCCCCGUCCAUCCGAGCCCGGCGCGCCAGGAGAUGGCUCUUCGGAUGCAGGAGCUGCUGGAGCAGAUGAGGUCAGUAAGUUGUGAUCUCCAGUUCAACAACAGCAUCAUCGAGCGGUUGGGAGGGGCUGCUCCCACCCCUGGCGUUUGAGGGACGUGGGGAAUGUGCAGCUGCUGAAGCAAAACCACUUCCCAGCACGGGGAAACCCCAGCACUUGGGGAGCCAUCGGGCACUGGUGUUUGAGGAGCUCUCUGUGUCCUACCUCUCUGCCCCAGCACUUUUGCACGUUCACCAGCAUUAGCUCUGAGUGCCUUCAGCCUCUGGAAGUCUGACCAGAACACUGAGUGGGGUUUCAUUUUUCUUCAUUUUUUAAAAAGUGCUUGAAGGACUCCGUGGUGUUCUGGCUUCUCUGUAUCACCGUGUCAGAUGAAGAAGAGGCUAGACCUUUUGUCUUCUUACUUAUUUAGGGAUUAUUCCCACUUUUAACCUACUUCUUCUCCCUGGGGCUUCAUGGAGUGGGGCAGGAGGGAUUGCUGAUGGAUGAGAGACUGGAUCCAGCCCAGGAGGUGAUGGCACAGAGAAUGUGGGAGUCACAAACCUCUGCCCCUGGGCACUGCAGCUUCUACUCCUGCUGCAGGGCUUCUCCUCAGCCCAGCCCCGUGCCUGGGCUGCUGAGGGCUGUGGGAGGGGGAAGCCAAGGGAGGCUUCUCCUUUUUGGUACAUUUCUAUAAAUAUAAUCUCGUUCUGUGGA